GCCAUCGGCCAAAUCACUCAAGUCCGUCGAUCGUUCCAUCGUCCAUUUUCGUGUCAUGACUGACGAUGCCACAUGUAUAUAGGUGCUUGGAAUGAACGCCGAGUCGCUCAACUUUUGCUUCGGAAGCUUUGUUCACUUUAUGGAGCGCAUGGCGUUCCUCACGACAAAUGCUGUCGCAAUGCUGUCGCCCAAACCAGUGUUUCGCCCUGGCCAUCCCCGAUACGGAGAACCACCGGAAUCGGACGAAGAGAUCAAGAGCCGGCUGCGACGGGUGCGCGUGGUCAAGUUCCUGCUCAGCCUCGUGGCCAUCUACGCGGCUUCCCGCGCCAUCCGCGCUGUCCGCGACCUGUGGCGGCGGCCGCAACUCCAGCACAAGCCUGCAUUAUCGUACGACAGAGUGUUUGGAUCAUCCCUUCCGUCGACUGCGCAGAACAAAGCAAUGUAGACAUGCUCGACUUCAGUAGUCUGAAGAGUUGACAACCUCGUACUUCGAAGUAAUAGAAACAUGAAACUGCACGCCGUUUCUAGUGCUGGGCACCAAA